AUGGCGGACGGUGCUCAACGCGGUGGCACGUCGUCACGUAGCGAAAAAGUCGCAAGAUUGCUGCACGCCUUCAUCACAGGUCUUCGACCGGUCCGAACCACGCGCGACUGCCAGCAAUUUAUCGAUGCCAUUUGUGAUCAGCCAGGUCGUGCGGACUGUAUCGAGAAGCUCGGGUGCAGUACAUCGGGCCUGGACGUGCUGCAUCAAAGUUUACGAUUCGAUCCGUCAGUUGCAUUUCUCAACGGUCCACUUCAUCGCCUCCUGCUCUAUCUUGCGGUUCCAGAAGUGAAGAGACUCUGCAAUGGCGAAUACCUCAGGCGUGUCCUCAAGGGAAUGGUGUCACCUACCAGCCUGUGGGACAAAUUCGUCCAAGCCCAACAGCGCAACCACUUGACUGCAGAGGCACAGCGCAGUUUUGCAUGGCUCCUCUUGGAAAUACUCCUCUGGAGCUCCGAUCAGCCUCCAGGCGCCGAAGCGGUCGCAAGCGAGAUCACGGCACAGCGAACGUUCUUGGAUUCAUCAGACCGUCACCUCCGAGCCAUUGGCUAUCGCAUCGAGCACAUUCUUAAAGCAAAAAAGACCGGCACCAACAUUCCCACUGCCUCUGGUCCUGGAGGACGGCACGAUAACGACUUCAUCGACUUCCGCCACGUUGCGAUCUAUCCGACGAAGGACGAACUCACUACCAAAGACCCGCCUUACUACAACCCGGCACACACUUUGUACCAAGUGCCGUCCGAAGAAAGAGUUGCUCACCAUCUGAGCAACCAAUUCCGUCUGCUUCGCGAAGACUUCCUCGCUGAGCUUCGACUUGACCUCAAUCCCGUGCCUGGUAAGGGCGCACGCCGUCCUCGCACGAAAUUGUCAAAUCUCCAGUUUCGUGGAGUCUUCAAUGGCGGCGAGAAGAACAGAUCUUCAACGGCGAUCGUUGUCUCUGCUAAGAAGGGAUUCGGCGAACUCGCAAAUUCCACAAAUCCACGAGCGUACUUGAAGCAUAACCACACAUUCUUGAAGCACUCAUCCUUCGGUUACUUCAUUGAUCGCGGUGACGUUGUUGCAUUCGGUACCAUUCAUCGAGAGGAGGAUCUAUUGUGCCAGAAACCACCUGCCAUUGCCAUCCGUACUCCAGGAUCCGGAGCCAUGCGAAGGACACUUCUGGCUCUCGCAGAAUCUACCACAGUUCAAUUCGUCAUCAUCGACACUGCAGUCUUUGCAUAUGAGCCUGUACUGAAAUGUUUACAAGCCAAACAUGAGCUUCCAUUGUGGGAACACUUGUUGUGUUCAGAAGAUUCGAGCAAGCGUCUUGGUCUUUCGCAACCCUCCGAAGCUUUGUCGGAAGUCACCAACGCCAUUCAGAGUAAGCAAGAUUUGCAGGCCGUUCUCGGACUUGCGAAAUCGAUCACUCUCGACGACUCUCAGACAGAGUCUCUGCUGGCUGGCUUGCGUCAGUCCGUGAGCCUCAUUCAAGGUCCCCCAGGCACAGGCAAGUCCUUUGUCGGCGCUCUGCUUGCCAAAGCCCUCCAUGACAACACUUCUGAGAACAUCCUGGUCGUCUGCUACACCAAUCAUGCCCUUGACCAGUUUCUGGAGGACCUCAUGGACAUUGGCAUUCCCAAUUCCAGCAUUGUGCGGCUCGGCUCAAAGUCUACAGCCCGCACUCAGCCUUUGACAUUGUACGAGCAAGCACCAGCCAAAUUCCGCACCAGAGAGAACUGGGAUGCCAUCAAUCGACUUGGCGAGGAGACCACAAGCCACGCCGCCACGCUGGACCAAGCUUCGACAACUUUGAGAUCGCUCAAAGCCUCUGGUCCUCAGCUGCUCCAGUAUCUCGAACUGUCCGAACACGACUAUGAGUUCUUUGAAGCAUUCGAGGUUCCCGAGUCAGAGGAAGGCUUCACCACUGUUGGUCAAGAUGGUCGCGAGAUCGACGAGUCGUACCUGCUGCAGCGAUGGAUCCACGGUGAUGAUGCUGGUGUCUUCGGCCAGGAAAUGUCGCCAUGGCACCACGAGAUUUGGAGCAUGGACCCAUACGCGCGUCAAGCAAAGGUGGGAGAGUGGCAAUACGCUAUGCUGGUGGAGGCUGUCGACGACGUCGUUGAUCGUGCUCAUGCCUGUGACGCCAGCCAGUACACACUGUCACAGGCUUUGAGUCGGAAAGCUACAGAAAUGAUUCAACAAAAGCGGAUUGUUGCGUGUACGACCACUGGGGCUGCUAUGUACUCCUCUCAAAUCCAGAGCGCCGCACCAGGAAUUGUCCUGGUUGAGGAAGCCGGUGAAAUACUAGAAAGUCACGUCCUGACUGCGAUGACUCCGGAUACGAAGCAACUCAUACUGAUUGGAGACCACAAACAGCUCCGGCCCAAGGUCAACAACUACUCCCUCACGGUCGAGAAAGGAGACGGUUUCGAUCUGAACCGCUCAUUGUUUGAACGUCUUGUCAUGGCUGGCUUUCCUCACACUACGCUCACACAGCAGCACCGCAUGUGUCCGGAAAUUUCGAACCUCGUCCGGCAAUUGACGUAUCCUGAUAUUCUGGACGCACCGUCCACGCUUCAGCGCGAAGCAUUGCGAGGACUGCAGAACCGAGUCGUCUUCAUUGAGCACACAAAACUUGAACUCUUGAGCCCUGUAGCCGACCGACGGGACCAUGGCGCCAGUGUCAGCAAGCAAAACGAGCACGAAGUCGAGAUGGUCAAGAAGAUCGUGAAAUACAUGGCACAACAAGGCUACGGUACGUCCAGUCAAGUUGUGCUCACCCCGUACCUUGGUCAGCUCAGUCUCUUGCGUCGAAAGCUUGCGGAAGACAACGAUCCUGUCUUGAACGACCUGGACUCUUUUGAUCUCAUCCAAGCCGGUCUUUUGACUCCAGCAAGCGCAUCUCAGAUCAAGCGCCCUCUUCAGAUCUCUACCGUGGACAACUACCAGGGAAAUGAAGCCGAUAUUGUUAUCGUUUCUCUGACUCGCAGCAAUCCAGACGGCGACAUCGGCUUCUUGAUUUCGCCCGAGCGGCUCAAUGUGCUCCUCUCACGUGCACGCAAGGCCUUGAUCAUCAUCGGCAACUCAGCAACCUUCAAGGCCAGCAAGAAGGGUGGAGAGCUGUGGUCUUCCUUUUUCAAUUUACUCGCUGAGACAAAUUCGAUGCAGGAGGGCCUUCCCGUCCAGUGCUCUCAACAUCCCGAUCGGAAAAUGCUUCUUACUUGCCCCGAUGACUUCGAUCAGCAAUGUCCUGAUGGCGGCUGCUCAGCUCCUUGUGGUGUGCUUCUCAACUGCGGCAAGCAUGCGUGCGAGCGGAAGUGCCAUCAAUUGGCCGAUCAUUCGAAGAUUGCAUGUUCCUUUCCGAUUCAAGGGCUGUGUGCGAAGGGUCACCGUCUUCGUUGGACAUGCGCCACGGGCCAUCCGGUCUCUUGUCGAACGUGUGACAUUGAAGCUGCAGCGCUUCGGGCUCAGCAAGAACGAAACGCCAAGCUCGACCAGGAACGACAAGCACGACAAGCCGCAUACGCUCUUCAGCUCGCCGCGGCCCAAGAGGAGUUGGAUCGUCUCCGUCAGACUGCCAAAGACAGACGUACGGAAGAAGAGCAAGCUGCAGAGCUCGCGCAGCGCCAAUUGGACCUUGUCAAUGCUAGAACCCUGGCCGCCCAACGGGAGGCCGCUGAGAAGAAGAAGGCCUCUGAUUCGGCGCGAGCGAAGCCCACAAAAGCUCAAGUAGACCGGAUAUCGACCACAUCGAGUGACGACAAUGCUGAGAAUAGCGAGUCGGAAGCACAGCUUGACUGGAAUCGCCAGAAAGCCACCGAAGGAGCGAGCAACAAGGCCAUUGAUUCCUUGAUGGCCAUGAUUGGACUGGAGGCUGUGAAAGAUCAAUUUCUCGAGAUCAAAUCUCAAAUUGACUUGCUGGUUCGACAAGAUCUCUCCGUCGAGAAAGAACGCUUUGGUGCAGUGCUGAUGGGGAAUCCUGGCACCGGCAAAACUACUGUUGCCCGGAUCUACGCCAAGUUCUUGUGUUCGAUCGGAGCUCUACCCGGGGAUGUCUUUGUUGAGUCGACUGGAGCCAAGCUCGCGAGUGAAGGCGUGGCGGGAUGUAAGAAGAUGAUUGAGGAUCUGCUUGACCAAGGUGGCGGCGCCUUUUUCAUCGACGAAGCAUACCAACUCGCGUCAGGCUCGAAUUUUGGUGGUAGCGCUGUGCUGGACUUCCUGCUUCCCGAAGCCGAGAACCUUACAGGAAAAGUGGUCUUCAUCCUUGCCGGCUACAACAAGCAGAUGGAGAAAUUCUUCCAGCACAAUCCAGGCUUGCCGAGCCGUUUUCCGCGCCGAUUGCAGUUCGCAGAUUAUGAGGACCAUGAACUCUUGGCCAUCAUGAACUACAACAUCAACAAGCGAUACAAUGGCAGGAUGGAACUUAAAGACGGAGCUGCAGGUCUGUUCGCACGGAUCGUGGCACGCCGCAUCGGACGUGGUCGUGGAAAGGAAGGCUUUGGCAAUGCACGAGAAGUCGAGAACGUGGUGUCAAAGAUUGCUGCGCGCCAAGCGAAGCGAGUGCGCAAAGAGCGGCGAAAGGUGAAAGGCAAGAGGCAAGACACAAACGAUCUGCUGUUCACAGACAGGGACCUCAUCGGCCCAGAGCCUACCAACGCCCUCCUCACGAACCAAUCUUGGAAGAAGCUACAACAGCUCACUGGCUUGCGUGAUGUGAAAGAGGCGAUCCAGUCGUUGCUGGACAGCAUCAAGCUCAAUUACGAACGAGAACUGGCAGAGGAACCUCUCGUCGAGUACAGCCUGAACAAAGUAUUCUUGGGAAAUCCUGGCACUGGCAAAACCACUGUCGCGAAACUGUACGGCCAGAUCUUGGCAGAUCUUGGGAUGUUGUCAAGUGGCGAAGUCGUCAUCAAGACACCAACUGAUUUUGUGGGAGCCGUGAUUGGAGCCUCAGAAGCCAACACGAAGGGAAUUCUGGAUGCUGCAGUCGGCAAAGUCCUUGUCAUUGACGAAGCAUAUGGACUGUUCGGAGGCCAUAGCGGUGCCACGGAUCCAUACCGUACCGGUGUCAUCGACACAAUCGUUGCGGAAGUGCAAAGCGUCCCAGGCGAAGACCGCUGCGUCUUGCUGCUGGGUUACAAGGAGCAGAUGGAGGAGAUGAUGCAGCACGUAAAUCCCGGACUCGCACGACGCUUCCCAAUGGACUCUGGCUUCAUCUUUCAGGAAUUCGAUGACGAGGAUAUGGAAGCCAUUCUAGAGAUGAAGUUGAAGGCCCAGGCGUUCAAGAUCACCGAUCGAGCGAAAGAUGUGGCUCUCGGCAUGCUUCAACGUGCACGCAAUCGUCCACACUUUGGCAAUGCUGGCGAGGUUGAUAUCAUUCUCAACGACGCCAAGCUAAGACAGCAGAAGCGCAUUAGCCGUGAUUCCAGCGUGGCAAAGGGUAUUUUCGAAGCCGAAGACUUCGAUCCCGACUUCGAAAGAGGCGAGAGGGCCAAUACCAAUCUUGCUGCGCUCUUCAAGGAUAGCGUGGCGUGUGACGGCAUCGUGAAGCAGCUACAGGGAUACCAAAAUGUGGUGGCGAGAAUGAGAGAGCACAACUUGGACCCGCGAGAAGAGAUCCCAUUCACAUUCCUAUUCAGAGGCCCGCCGGGUACAGGAAAGACGACAACCGCCCGCAAGAUGGGUAAGGUGUAUUACGACAUGGGCUUCUUGUCAAAGGCGGAGGUCGUUACCUGCUCGGCAUCGGAUCUUGUCGGUGAGUACGUCGGCCACUCCGGUCCGAAGACGAGGAAGCUUUUGGAGUCCGCUCUCGGCAAAGUGCUGUUCAUUGAUGAAGCAUACCGCCUGGCUGGCGGGCAUUUCGCACAAGAAGCUGUCGACGAGCUGGUCGAUGGUAUAACGAACGAGCGAUUUUCCCGCAAACUCAUCAUUGUCCUUGCGGGCUACAACGAUCAAAUCAACCAGCUGCUGCGCACAAACCCGGGCCUGAACUCUCGUUUCCCGGAGUCCAUCGUGUUCGUGUCAUUUCCGCCAAAGGAAUGCCUCAACUUACUCAUCAAGAAUCUACGCAAGAAGAAACUUCUCGAUAUUGCGUGCAUUACUUCCAUGUCGCCUUCGGAAGAGGGCCAGAUCCUGCAACGUUUCCAAACGCUGGCUUCGUUGCAAAACUUCGGUAAUGCCCGCGAUGUUGAAACGAUGGCCAGAACCAUUUUUGGAUCUCUUCUCAAGAGUGCGCCUUCGAAGACCGCCAGCAUGUCGGUGACUCGCGACCUGGUUCUGAGUGUGCUGGACGAGAUGGUCACGGAACGCUCUCGGCGAGAGAUCGACUCCACUGUUGCCGGAGCCGCAUUCCCGCCAGCACCGUUCAGAGCACAGGAGUCUACAACGCACGCCACCAAAGCAGAAACGUACACGGCUACCAAUACACAACACAUCUGUGCGCCUGAGGUGGCAGCGGAUCCUGGCGCUGUUGAAGAAUCGCCAGCAAAUCCGGCAGAUGCAGUCGACGAGCCACCAAGCUCCCCGCCCUUCACCUCCUCCGUACGCCGUGACGUCGGCGUAAGCGAUGCAAUCUGGGAGCAACUCCAACUCGACCAGGCAACAGCCGACCGCGAAGAACAAGACUUCCGCCGUCUACAAGAAGAAGAGCGGAAAUUGGCUGAAUGGCUCAAAGCCUGCGAAGACGCAAAGCAGCGGGAGGAAUUGAGGGAGCUGGAGCGUAAGCGGAAAGCAGUGGAGGAGGAGCGGCGCAGGCAAAUUCUGGCGAAGGAGAAGUUGAAACAGAUGGGGUGCUGCCCUGUUGGCUAUCAUUGGAUCAAGCAGGCGAGUGGAUAUCGAUGUGCGGGAGGAUCGCAUUUCAUGUCGGAUGAUGCGGUGGAUGCUAUGCUGUGA